CAUGCCUAUUACCUGAAGCACCAGUUCUACCCCACCGUGGUUUAUCUCACCAAAUCCAGCCCCAGCAUGGCUGUUCUCUACAUCCAGGCCUUUGUCCUGGUUUUCCUCCUGGGGAAGUUCAUGGGCAAAGUGUUCUUUGGGCAGCUGCGGGCGGCAGAGAUGGAGCACCUCCUGGAGCGCUCGUGGUAUGCGGUGACCGAGACCUGCUUGGCCUUCACCGUCUUCAGGGACGACUUCAGCCCUCGCUUCGUCGCCCUCUUCACUCUCCUCCUCUUCCUCAAGUGCUUCCACUGGUUGGCUGAAGACCGAGUGGACUUUAUGGAAAGGAGCCCCAACAUCUCCUGGCUCUUCCACUUCCGCAUCGUCUCCUUGAUGUUCCUGCUGGGAAUCCUGGACUUCCUCUUUGUCAGCCACGCGUACCACAGCAUCCUCACGCGAGGAGCCUCCGUCCAGCUCGUCUUUGGCUUUGAGUACGCCAUCCUCCUGACCAUGGUGCUCACCAUCUUCAUCAAGUACGUGCUGCACUCCAUCGACCUGCAGAACGAGAACCCCUGGGACAGCAAAGCUGUCUACAUGCUCUACACGGAGCUCUUCACCGGCUUCAUCAAGGUCCUGCUCUACAUGGCCUUCAUGACCAUCAUGAUCAAAGUCCACACGUUCCCGCUCUUCGCCAUCCGCCCCAUGUACUUGGCCAUGAGGCAGUUCAAGAAGGCCGUGACAGACGCCAUCAUGUAUCCCGACGCCACCCCGGAGGAGCUGCAGGCCAUGGACAACGUCUGCAUCAUCUGCCGCGAGGAGAUGGUGACGGGC